UAUGUGUAUUUUGCGACAUCUUCAUUUUUGUUAGUAGUUUUGGCAAACAACAAGAUUUUUACAGUUACUUUAUGCACAUUAUAUUGAAAUUUAAUGCUUGUUAAAAUAAAAUAACUAUUUAAAUACAUACAUAUGUACAUAUUAGUGAUCUUAUUUUCUAAAUAAUACAACUAGUUAAUUUUUAAAUAGGAUAUUACUAAAAUGUUCAAUUUUCGGGAGCAUUAUAACUUAUUUGCUGCUGAUGCAAACGAGUCUACCUUAAUUAAAAAAAUUCAAUCCGUGCAAGAAGAAAUUUUCAUAAUAGAUUUAGUUACGUUAAUAACUGAAAUUUUUUUGGCGAAAAUAAAGGAAAAUAAUAAACUCUUUAAAGAGCAAAUAUCAUUGGUAAAUUACAGGAACAAGAGCAUAAAAGAAAUAGCUCAAAUUAUUCCUCAAAUUGAAAAUAAGAUACGAAAAGUUAUUCAUUCAUCAAUGGAAGUUAUGUUAAACUCACAGAAAAACUUUUUUUGUAACUACUAUCACUCGACAUUUCAAACAAAAUUUAAAGAAGAUAUGCAGCUCAUGCGAAAUUAUAUUCAAGAAACAGAUAAGCAUUUGAAAAAAAUUUACAUAGUCGCAGAAUAUCAAAAAUUGAUAAGUGACGUAAAUGAAAUAAAAAAAAAAUAUAAAGUUAGAAGGGAAGAAUUACUUAAAAGCUCACGAUCAUUGGAACAACAUUGUGAAGAAACUAAAAAGCAAAUGAAUAAAUCUAUUGUUGAUCUUGUUGAAAUUUUAAAAUUAGAAAACGAGCUUCAUAACAUACAAUACGAAAUUGAAAAAAAAACAAAUUUAUGUAAAAAAAGAGAUUCUGGUUUAAAUAACGAAACUAAAGAAAGUUUGUCUUCGGAUGAAGAUGAACUGAGAUUCGUAGCAAAACUUCCAAUUCUUGAUGAAAUUGAUUUCCAAUCUUCACUUAUUAAACGAAUAACAGAUUAUUAUGGUAAUUUUGGACAACUUUAUGAGCUACACAAGGUCACGAAAAUGAGAAAAGUUCAAAAGGCAUUCAAAGCAUCAAUAGAUGCAGAUAAAAUAAAAACUACAAAAAAGCGUAAAAUUUCAAGCAGUUCUCAAAGUUUCAAAAAGACAAUAGACAGAGACGAGGCGGAAUACCCACAAAUUAUCAGUCCAAAUCUGUUAUUGGAAAAACCGUUUCCGCUUAAUUUUUUUAAAACUAAUUCAAGUGCAAUAUGUUCAGCCCAACAACAAACUUUUAACGAACAUAUUGCAGACGGUGUUCGAAUAGUUGACUGCGUAAAAAUUAAAACUGCUAAUCAUGAUGUUGGCGACGCUGUUUCCGAAAAAAAUUUCGAUUUAAAAAUACAAAAAAUAAUCCCGGAAAAUAAAAGAUGUCCAAAAAUAUUACGCUCAGAAAUAAUAAAAACUCAAUCAACACCAAAUAUUUUUAAAAAAGUAGGAAAUUCACGAAGUGUAGAAUAUAAAUCUCCAAAAGUAAUUUCUCCAACCCUUACAGAAUAUUAUUUCCACCUGAAACGAAAAAAUUCUAAUACAUCUUCCCCAAGUGAAUCCGCUUUCCAAAAGCAGAUGAAAAAGGUUUAUUCUACAACCCAUAUCAUAUCAAAGAAUAAAUUAUCGUCACAGUUACUAAUUGCGGACAACAACAAGCUGGUAGGAGGUUUUGAUAAAAGGACGCAUUCAGAGAAUAAACUACUAUAUCCAAAGCCAAAAAUUUAUGUUUUUGAUGGAAAACCUUUGCAUGAAAACUUAAAAGCGUCAGAAAUUCAACAAAAAAACUAUCAGAAAGAUGCUCAAAAUGUUGUAAGCACUAGUAGUAUUUCAAAAUCCACAGAACAGUCUGUAAGAAAUUCAGAUUUUAAAUUUGAGAUCUCAGAUAUUUUACGCAAUUACAAUAAUUCAUCAAUCUUUAAUGAAAUGAAUUCUGUAGAUUUUGCUUUUGAUUUUAAUUUUGAACAAGAUAAAGAACAAAACAAUGAAGUGAAUUCUUCUCCAAAUUGCAAUUUCUUCAAUGUAGAUCAAACUUCUGGGUCUAGUCGAAAUGAGGCACUAAAUUUUGACUUUAAUUUUGGGGAAUUAAAUUCUAACUCUGACAUUAAAUUCAGUUUUGAGUGAAUCCUUCGCAUAGUUUUCACAUUUCGAUACUUUUUUUUAGGAAAAAUCAAAUAAAAUUAAAUAAUGCGCUUUUUUUUUAAUUGAAGAGAAAUAUAACGUUGAUUUCA